GAAAAAUUCGAGUACUGAGCUUCACGUAGCCACUAGACAAUAGUGCAGUUGUGCGUUGUUUCCAGUUAUCUCAAUUUAAUUAUUGUAUCUGACAAGAAGAUAUUCCGAUCGCGCGUCGGUUGAGGUACAGUGUACCAGCAUCAGCAUCGUCGCCCGGUGAUUGACAGCAUGAACUGAUCUCGGACGCAGGAACAGAGAUUCAGACUUAAUCUUCAUCAACAUGGAGGGGUCAAACGCUGGCAUAGGUCAGAUCAGCAACGUGGUGGCUUUGGGCAACAAUACCAUCGCCCUCAACGGUGCCAAUCUCACAAACUUGACUGCAAUGCCUGCAGGCACAGUCACUGUGCCGGUGUCUGGGAUGCACACCGUACAAGGGGUCCCCGUUGCCUUCUAUAACUACACCCCAGAAGGCAUGGGACAGCUUGUGGCGACCACGGGGCAAACAGUGCAGUUGGAACUGGCUGGUAACACGGACAUCGCGCGACAGUUCAAUCAGCAAGUGCAAGCUCAGUACGGCACUCAUAUCCAGCUACAACUGGUACCAGCGCAGCUGCCUACUAUGCAGCCGCAACAGGUGCAACAAACUCAACAAGUUAUCCCUUUACAGAUACAACAGUCACACACAGUACAACACAUUGCUCAGCCUCAGCAACAUCAGCCGCAGCAGGUCACUGUUCAGCAGAUACAGCAAACCGUUAAGAUUGACGACGACGCUGGUAACUAUCCAUCGGUUUCGAAUCCUGUCGAGAAUGCCUCAGAAACUGCAAAGAAGAAAAAUACUAAACCAGUUGGUUCUGACCGUGUGCCUUGUCCCAUGUGUCCUAAAACUGUUUCUUGUUCGGCCACGCUGCGCGAUCAUAUGCGUACGCAUACUGGCGAGCGGCCUUUUUCUUGCUCUGAAUGUGGCCUUGCAUUCUCGCAGCGCUCAAAUCUGCGCAUGCACAAGCGUCUUCACACUGGAGAGCGCCCGUACAUGUGCGGCAUAUGUGGCAAAACGUUCGCUCGGUCUUCUCAUCUCCCCGCACACAUGCGUACGCACACCGGCGAAAAACCAUAUGUGUGUACGUCAUGUGAUCACGCAUUCAUCACUGCUCAGCAGCUCAAAAACCACAAUCGCGUCCACACAGGUGAAAAACCUUGGCGAUGUGAUCUCUGUCCUGCAGCCUUCACACACUCUUCUUCGCUCUCGACUCACAAGAAAAAGCACACAGGAAAUAAACCUUUCGAAUGCGAUAAAUGCACUAAAAAGUUUUUCUUCACAUCUGCUUUAGAUAAGCACUUGAAAGUUCACUCCAAGGCUCGCCCUUUCAUAUGCCCUACGUGCGAGAAUACCUUCAAGUAUAAAGAGAGUUUGACUGUGCACAUGGAGCGAUAUUGUGGCCGUCAGAGCGAGAAGAAGCAAAGGGCGCCAAGAAAACCUGAUGCCAAGAAGCCUGGUCCCAAGCCAGGUGCGGGACGCAAGUAUGUGCAGCAACGGAAAGGCAGGCCCAGGGGACGUCCCCGAAAACGUGGCAGGCAAAAGAAGGUAGUGAAAAAGCAACAGCCACAGCAACCCAAAGUCGUAUCUACAGAAAGUCCUGUCUCGGAAAUUUAUGGCAUGAAGAAUGAUAACGAAGACGAAGAUGAUGGUGAAAAGGUGGGAAGUAUUAUGUUCCACACGGACUCCGAUGAUGAUAUCCCUGUUGCUGAACUCAAGGUCGAGAAAAUAGAAGGUACUAACGAGACCCAUGUGGUGGUUGAGUCAGUUUCUGGUGAUCGCAACGAUGGCAUUGUAUCGUCGUCUGCCGUUCACAACGAAAUGAGUCAUGCGGACGCAAUGCACGUUUCAGUCGCACAUUCAUCUGGCAUUCAUCAAGUUGGUGAUCUCGGGUCGAGCAUCGUGCAGUUCGAUCCGAGCACAGUGACCAUCGUGUCUGCUGAAGAAGCUGAGCGACAUUUGGCCAACAGUAACUUGCAGAUAAUGACACUGCAACCUGAGAUGCUUCAGCUCAUGCAGCAGGGCGCACAACCUGGUCACAUCAUCAGCUCCGAUGUGCUGCACAACGCAUCACAGAUUCAGAUAUCGCAGGUUCAAACUCUACAGAACAAUAUUCACAUUGAUCAACAUCAAGAUGUCGCGCAACAUCAAAUGCAUAUUCAGCAUCAACACCAUCAUCAGCCUCAACAGCACGCUACCAAUCACACAUCUAUGGGUAGCAACCACCAGAUGCAGCAGCAGCAGCAGCAUCAUCACCAACAGCAGCAGCAACAGAACAUCGUGAUGAGCAAUCAGUGCAACGGUGUGCCGUCUGACAUAGUUGUGAAGAAUGGUCUGCAGGUUUAUUAUACCCGUUAAAAGAUUUGUCCUUCUUUUAAUUACUUUAUUUAUCAAUUCUUGGCACAGCAUUUGAUUCUAAUAAAUUCUGAGGUUUAGCUAUUCUGCAAAUACUUGUUUGCACCCAUUUUCGCCUUGAUGUAUUUGCCAUUCAAGUAGAGAAUUGUUUCCACGGUGCAGAUAAAUCGGGUUAUUUUGAUUUUGACCAAAUUUGCUGCCACAUGAUAUUAUGAACCAACUUUCCUCCUUUGAUUCCUAAAUUGACUUUUACAACACUAAAAUGGUAGUGAAAAAUGCAUAUUUCCCGGACUGAUCUAAACUAGCCAAGAGGAUUUGGUUUGAAAAGAAAUGGCAAUUUAAUUCGAAUAAACUUUAUCAUUGUGGCGCAGGCUAGCGUGUGUAAUUUGUUAUCAAUUGGUUAGUCGCUUAAGCAUUUUCUUUUACACCCGGUCAUUUCAACGAUUGUUGCAGUUUAUCGUAAGUUUAGUGUUGACCAGAUUCACUGGCGUUUCCAAUAACAUUUUCGGUCAUCUCAAACUUGUCUUACAUGUACGUGAUUACAUCGUUAGUCGCAGAUACGACCAUGGGUUGACACGUGUAUAUUUUUCACCUGUUAUGCAAUUUUCGGAUAAAAAAUUUCACAUGCUUGCUCGUAGCUUAAUAAAUCUUGUCUACUCGUCGUUUCUUGCGUAGCUGUUAAAUCUUUCUGCUAGCUCCUAGUAGAAUGUAAGCCCAUACGUGCAGCUGUGUCGUGUGAUAGACGAGGAGUUAUUGAUUAGCAUGAUCAUGUCUCAAAGUAGCCUGCCAUCUUGUUCAGCAAAAACAACUUGUUGGUUUGAAAUGCUGAGUCAUUCGAAAUUCAGUGCGGCGUUUCCCUCCAAAACUGCACCGCAGAGAAAAUUACCAGAGAAUUGUUUUUACUUAGUCAAUUAUUUUCGUCAACUGGAUUAGCGCUUGUUAAUUGACGUCAUGUUGGUGUUCAAUUUAUGAACCACAUUAACAUUGUUAUUGUGCAUGCAAAUACACGCAGUGAUUAAUAAUAAUAAAGAACGUUGAGGCAUUUGCUUCUCAAAAUUUUACAAUCUAAUUUAAAAAAUGAUGGAGAUUAACGAUUUUUAAACUAUAGUUGAUAGAACGUCAUGAUGCUUUAUUUUGAUAAUCAUUAUUGGUUGGUUGUAUUUUAAGCUGUAACGAAGAUUAAUUUUAGCGAUAUAACUGCUGUGGCAAUUUAAUUUAUUUUUAAGUGGUAAUAAAUUGAAAUAAAUUUA